AGCAGUCACGGCCACCCGUCAAAGAUCUUCUCGUUGGUUAGCAAUGGCAACGGAAUUCUUCUUAUUUUCUGAGCUUCCACUUGAAAUACGUAUCCACAUCUGGAAGUUUACGAGAGAGCCUCGGAUCCUCAAGGUGGAUGCCCGAGUUGAACUCAACAAACAUCGCCGUCACCCGCUGGACUAUACGCUAUUCCACUGUACCUCACCCAACCCCGUCCCCGCCGUACUACAAACAUGCCACGAGUCGCGAAACCUUGGAUUGUACGAGAGAUCGUUCACAGGUGGCCUCACACCGCGAUACAUAUGGGUCAAUUUCCAGCUUGAUUCAAUUCAAGCCACAUACUGGGUCCUCAGGUUGUUGAAAAUCGAAAAACAAAGAAUUUGCCACCUUGGUAUCGAGUUUGAGAACGUGGAGGCUUUGUUACGUCGCUACCGAGAAGCCGUUGUAGGACUUCGGGUCGUGAAGACAAUGGAGCUUUUUAUGCAGGAGCCUCCGCCCGAAUGUGCUCAUCUUAUCGAGUGGACCCGAGACACAAUGCGACAGAUAUCUGAAGAGGAGAGCUCCCAGUUUCCCCGUAUCACCUUGGUUGACAGGGCUACGGGAAACACGAUGAGCUAGGGGAGAACUACGCCAUAGGGCUAGAUGUGGAGGUACCAAGAGAAGCUUACCGUAUAGGACCAUGAUUCAGUCAGGUCCUAGUCCUCGUGGUAGUUAGUCACAUGGCCGAACAGGUAAAAGGAUCAUUUUUCGGGUAUGAUGACCGGAGGGGUUUUCCGAAAGAUCCUUUGCCAUCGCUGGCACAGGAAGUCAGGAGAAUUGAUUUACCUUAGAAUCAAAUAAUUAGAAACUCAGAGAUUAGAAAGAAUAAAAGGAACAGAGAGAUUUCCUUCAAUCAGACAUACAAUUUUCAACGCUUAAUUCA